AAAUUUGAUUUUAGAAACAAACAAGGCCUUAAUUGAUCGGCAAGGAGCGGCGUGGUUAUAUUGCCCUAUUGGAUUCUUGCAAUCGCUGAGUUCCAUUUAUUUCCUUCCGGAGAUUUCUACCGCGACAAAAGGCCAUCUCUCGCCGAUUUACUCCAAAAUCAUUUUCAUGGAUGCGUCGUUUGUCGAUUCAAUUAAGGAGUUGUUGUUGCGCUCGCCCUUCGAUUCGAUUCAAGAUUCCCCUUUUUCAAUUGUUUGUUUUCAUCGUGCCGAUUUUACUCGUAGUUGUGUCCGUUUUUGCUAACCUAGUUUCGGUAGAUUACAGAAAUUAAAGGGUUCAGAUUCGGAUCCGAGCUUCCUUCAAGAUGGGUAGAAGAAGUUCUCAGAAGAAAAAUGCUGCAAUGCUUGAUAGUGAUGAUACUGAUAGUCUGAGCUCGUCUUCGUCAUCUCUGCGGCUUGAUAACAUGGCAGAGCUUAGCAUCCAGGAGAUGCAAGUGGAAAAAGACUCCUUGCUUGAUCAAUGGUUGGAUGCUUUGUUUGAGAAAAGAGGAUCUACCAGGGAGAAGGCUUUGGCAUCAAUUAUUGAUGCAUUUAAUAGCAGCUUGCAGUAUGAGUUUAUUGAAAAAAAAUUUGCUACAUUGUUGCACCAAUGUUUGAAUUCAAUUAAAAAGGGUUCUGCAAAGGAGGUCGCUCUGGCAUCUCAUUUGAUAGGAAUUUUGGCUCUGACCACUGGCCCUGGGAGGAAUGCAAAAGAAAUCUUCGAAGAAUCAAUCACUCCAAUAUCAGAGGCUCUUCGAACCCGGCCUGAGGCAUCCAAGACAUCAUCGUUGCUUGAGUGUUUGGCUGUUAUUACUUUCGUGGGUGCCGAAGAACCGGAGGAAACAGAAAGAUCAAUGCAAAUAAUGUGGCAAGUGGCACACCCAAAAUUGGGUACCAAUGUAGCUGCUGCUAAACCCUCGCCAGUGUUGAUAACUAUGGUGGUCUCUGCGUGGUCAUUUCUUCUUACCACCGUAAAUGGAUGGGCACUUAACUCUAGGAAUUGGCAAGAAUCUAUAUCGUACUUCUCCACGCUGCUGGACAAGGAUGACCGGUUGCUGCGCAUUGCAGCCGGCGAAGCACUUGCAUUAAUAUUUGAGAUAGGAAGCUUGGAGAAGUUCUGUGGAGAACCCAAAGUAUCUGGCGAAUCCUCCGUUGAAGAUGGGAGUGAGAAUCGAAAAACAAUGCAUAUACAUGGCUUGAAAAAUAAAGUCCUCAACAAAGUGCGAGGCCUCUCUGCCGAGGCAGGUGGUAAAGGGUCUGCAAAGAAAGAUCUCAAUAACCAGAGGAACACUUUCCGCGACAUUCUUGAUUUUCUGGAGCAGGACGGUUAUGCCCCCGAAAUUGCAAUGAAAAUUGGUGGGGAAUCUCUUAGCACUGAAACAUGGGCUCAAUCGAUACAGUUAAACUUCUUAAAACAUUUCCUUGCUGGAGGAUUUGUGAAGCACAUGCAGGAGAACCAAUUUCUUCAGGAUGUAUUUGGUUUCACACCGAAGAGGAAGCUUCAAGCAGAGGGUGUGCAUCGAAUGUCGGGAGGUGAAAAGAGGAUGUACAAAUCACCGAACUCUGCCAUCAACAAGGCGCGGACGCAGUUUCUGAACAAGCAGAGGAUGCAAUCGCAGGAUAAGAAUGCGGGUCACUUUGCAGUUGGAUUCGAUGACCGGUAAACCAGGAAAGUACCCAAUGUUUGUGAGAAAUCGAUACCAAUUAUGUGUAAUGAUUUGGGAUUGUGGAAGUGAUGUUUAAUUCCAUAAAUGGAUUGAAGGGACAAAACAUUCAUUUAUUAAGGUGUGAUUAUAAACAUAAAUUAUGGGAUUGAUUGUGGUAUGUAUUUCCAGUUUUCUUGUCUAUCAUAUCAUGUGCAUUCUUA